AGCGCUGGUUCACCAUCCCUUUGGGGGUCGUGGGACUUGUAGUUCUUUCCUUUCCACAGCCAGCUAUAGGUGACUUUGACACGGGGAGACAUUCAGCUGUUGCCGGAAGUUGUGACAGCUCGCCACUCUAGCUCACAGCCUCUAUGAUUCCACUUCCGGUGCUCCCGGAAGUGCAACCGGCGCCUCGGAUUCCAGGCCGAGAUGGUGAGGUUCAAGAACAGGUACUUCCUUUGCGAAAUCAUCUCUGAAGACCCACGCUGCCGACAGUUCAUUGAGGAGCGGACGGUACACAACACGGUGAAGAAUGUUGUAGCGAAGAUGUACGGAGACUUCGGGCUGGCCUGUUGCUCCAUUGCUUUUACAGUAAAGUACCUCAACGCUUACACAGGAAUCGUUCUUCUGUGCUGCCGAAAGGACUUCUAUCGGCUCCUCUGGUCAUCGCUUCCCUUUAUCACUCACUUGGAAAACAGGAAUCAAUCUUGUCCAUGUUCUUUUAACACUCUUCGUGUUGGGGCGACCAUACGCUCAUGCCAGAAAUUCCUAAUUCAGUACAACCGGGACCAGCUGCUCUUGCUGCUGCGCAACUGCACCAAUGAAGACAGAGAAGCCAUCCAGAAGUCCCUGCAGAGCUGCACGCUUGUGGGAGAGCAGCCAACGGAGAGUAAAGACGAAGAGGACAGUGACGGCAGCACAGAGACGGCCUGAGGAAUUCAAUCCCCGGAGGCUUCUGUGAGAAAGCCAGUGCAAUGGAGCUUAUCAUCAUGUUCUUGUCAUUCCUUUUUAAUGAGUCUUAUAUGCCACAGAGCAAAAUAUCUCUUAUAGCAAAGGUUUCCUCAUCCAGUUUACUGUACAGAGGUCUGUAAAGCAACUUACUGCAACUUUCUUGGGCCCAAAGAAUUGUGAUGUAGGUCCGUAUCCCAUACUGUGCUUUAUAUUUAACUUCUGGGCAACAGCUGUUCCCCUGUGCUCCAGGUGUAUAUUCAGAAGGAUACCAAGCAGAACUGGCACUUUUUUGCCUUUGAAGGGCUGCUGAGCCACAGCAAAGGUCAAGCAGGAGCUGCUUCCGAUUGUGGGUGAAGCUUGUAGGUUUUUCUGUACUGCUCCGCCUCUCCCACACAGCUGCACGCGUGGGCACAUGCAUGAAGCAGAAGAGGGGAAGUUACUUCUGGAGAGGCAGCACCCAUGGUAAGAUGCCUUAACAUCAGUUCGUUGUAUCUGAGUCAACGGAUUGUGUUAUCUUUGAAUACUCAAUGAAGUAAAUCUGUUAAAGGUG